AUGGCCAUCCCCCUCGCCCAAAUAAAACCAACCUACCCCCCAAACACCCCCGACGCAUCCUCCGAAUCCCCCACCAUCCAAUCAACCAUAAAGACCCUAAACCUCCAGCCGCACAUCGAAGGCGGCUACUUCGUCGAAACAGACCGCGACACGCUGCGCGUCCCAAACCCUCACCCUCCUAGGUCUGAAAAUGACACAACGCGCUCCGCAAGCACCUCCAUCUACUACCUCCUCACCCCGCGCUCCCCGCUGGGCGCUUUCCAUCGGAACGCCAGUCGCACGGUGCACACGCUUCACCGCGGAAGAGGGAUGUAUGUCAUCUUGCAUGCGGAUAAGGAGAGCGUGAGGAGGAAUGGGGGGAAAGCGGCUGUUGAGACGUUUGUGGUUGGGCAGGAUAUUGAGAAGGAGGAGAGGUUGCAGUGGGUUGUUGAGGGGGGGAAAUAUAAGGGGACUUUCUUGUUGCCGGAUGAUGGGGGGAGUUCGAAUGGGUUAUUAAUCAGUGAGACUGUCGUUCCCGGAUUCGAAUUCGCAGACCAUGACUUUCUCCGCGCUGACAAAAUGGACGAACUUCUGACCCCAGACCAAGUCCAGGAAUUGGACUGGAUGCUCCGCAAGACGAACUAA